CGGGGUCAACCCGGUGGGAUCAUGCAGGUGAGUAUAGUCUACUAGUACUACUAGUGAAGGAAUCAAGUAUGUCUGUCGUUCCUGUGGCUAAGCCUCACAAGAUAAACCCCCACCGCACUGUGUCCACGGACGUUUUGACAUAUCAUCCGACAGGGACGUGUAACGUCGGCAAUUCCUUGCUAUCAGUUGCGACACUGAUACGGGAUGCACAGUUGGACGUAUGGUUACCUGUUCCGCUGUGAUCGGCUAUCCCAUAUAUUAUAAGAUGUGGUGACUUUGAUCCAAAAACCUCUGAAUUCUACACAUGAAUUCUACUCAUCCUCCCGUGCUAGUCGUGGGCGCUGGGCCAGCAGGUCUGGUAGCAGCGUUAACCCUCCUACAGAACGGUAUACCGGUUCGCAUCAUCGACAAAGACCCUAACCCUCGAAUCGGACAGCGUGGUCCUGGAAUCUGGCCACGCUCCUUCGAACUAUUCAACUUCCUGAAUGUCCCAGAAGUUAACGAGCUGGCGAAACCUGUCCUCACAAUCCGUUCGUACAAGCACGGGACAAUGGAAUUUGCGACAGAAUCUUUGGUGACCCGGCAUGUGGAACCUACCCCUACGAUACCAUUCCACGUUCCAAAGCUGAUAGGUCAGCAACUCCUAGAUGUGAUUCUGCGACGUCACCUAGAGAAAUUUUCGUGCUCUGUCGAGAUGGGCACAGAACUGCGUUCGUUCGAGCAGUCUGAUGAAGGUGUCACGGCUGUUCUAGCAAAGAACGGCAUAUUGGAGACUUUCAAUACCAAGUGGGUGAUCGGUGCUGAUGGUGCUAGAGGCAUCGUGCGUAAACAGCUCGGGCUUACAUUCUUAGGCGAGACUAGAGACGAUAUCCGACUGGUCAUGGGUGAUAUUCGUUUACAUGGUCUUGAUAGGGAGUAUUGGCACCGGUUUGGGACCUUUAAGCGAGGGUAUGUCCACGUCUCAUUGCGUCCAACAAACGAAAUUGGCGAGGAUGGCUGGCAAUUUGUCAUUAUUGAUAAUGAUCUAGACACGACAAAGGUCGCUCAGAGCGAAGAGUUGAUCUUCGAGAUCAUUGCAUCAGCGAUACCUACUGAGAUUACGUUCAACAAGCUUGUCUGGGUGAGCGAGUUCAGGGCCAAUAUCCGCAUGGUAAACACGUUCAGCGAGGGCCGAGUCUUUGUUGCGGGCGAUGCUGCUCAUGUCCAUAGUCCGACCGGUGGUCAGGGACUCAAUUCAAGCAUACAAGAUGCUUUCAAUCUAGGUUGGAAACUCGCGCUCGUCGAAAAAGGCCUUACCGACAAGUCUCUUCUUGAGACGUAUAAUGCCGAGCGUCUGCCUGUCAUCUCCGAGAUGCUCGAGAUGACCACCACGAUUCUCAACCAGGCAUUGAAGACGGACAGCAUGACCGCUGCACGAACCCCCAUCCUUUUCAUGCUUGGUAUCAAUUGCCGAUUCAGCAACAUUGUUCUCGACGAGUUUGCAAUCCCAGGGAAGCCUAUCAAUGCGUACGGGGUGCUCGACGAGGAGCACCUAGAGGCUGGAGACAGAGCACCUGAUGCACCAAAUUUGGUCCAGGUGGGAGGUGGAGAAUCCGACGUGAAGACGCUUUUUAGUCUUUACAGACCUUGGUAUCACACUGUACUUGUGUUCGCGCCGAGUCACGCAGAAGCUACCCCGAUCUUGGGUGCGCUGGAGGUAUAUGACACAAGCGUUGUGCGAUCGGCAGUCGUUCUGCCUUCAUCCGCAUCAGUGACGUCUGUUGCAUCCCCUGCUGACCUUGUUUUUGUUGAUCAGGAGGGCCAUGGUUAUUCGGCUUACCUCGUGGAAGUUGGCCAGACGAGGGUGUUUGUGAUCAGGCCGGAUGGAGUGAUCGGGGCAAUCGUACAUGGUACAGAAGGCGUGAAGAAGUAUUUCUCCGGAAUAUUUUUGAAUGUUUAGUUAUUUUUGCUUGUGCUCUUACAUCUCAACUGAUUCGUAUUUUACCAUCAACGUAGUUGUUAAUUGGCGUAGAGGUCAUUGCGUUGCUUCCGCUUUCUCUAUAAGGAGUUGAAAGCAGGCCGGUGGUUCGUAUAGACAUCUUUUCUUUGCAACUACUACACCCAUAAUAUUGUCAGCAG